AUGCCACCCGCUGCUUCUGCAGGUAGCAGCAGGCGUAAGCUCGGUCAGCCCACCGUCUGUCUCGAGUGCUACCUCAGAAAGGUCAAGUGCGAUCGCCAACGGCCAUGCAACACAUGUUGUAGAAGAGGAACAGAGCACCUUUGCAAAACCUUCAACACCAGCGAACUCGAUCCUGAAACCCUGCAAAAGAAGCAAGCUCGAAGGUCGCUCGCCGAAAUCAAUGCCAUUCUCGAGGCCUCUUCCCCCGACAAUGCCGACGAUCCAGAUCCACAGCAGCCGACUGAGCUCCAGCAGCAGCAACCAGAGCAUCCCAUGAUGGCUUUCAUCAACCUCAUGCUCAAAGACCUCAACGUUCAAGACCCUUCUUCAGCUAGUGGUCGUGCAUCGCCCGACUCUUCUUCCACCGCCGUCAGCUCACCAGCACCGCCACGCUCUCCCACUUCUCGGUACCGCGAGCAAGCCUGUCUCACAAAGAUCGUCCACUUCUGCGCCAUCCUCCCCGAUUGGCCUCAGCUACAGACCCUGCUGCGCAACUACCUCUGGCACGUCGAUUGGAAGUUCCUCAUCACAAGUCAAGAUCUCAUUCAGGACCAGAUGAAGGAUCUUUGGUCCAGAGUCAUCCGUCCAGUUCAGAGCCAGGACCAUCGAGGUGAUGCAGAUGCGUCCCGUAUCUCUUUCCAGCCUGGCGAUCUCUCCCGCCUUGCCCUGCUGGCUUGUGUGUUGGGCGAGACGGUCGAGUCCAUGGCCCCCGACGCUACUGCAGAACUGUUGCCGGCUUCUCGUUCCGGCGUGGUCCCCUCGGGCCCCGUCAACGUCGACGCCAAUGCCAACCCAAGAGUCAAGGCGCUCCUUCUCCUCACCUACCACGUUCCCGCUCUCAUCGAAGAGUGUCUUCGUCUCGACGAGUUGACCAUCGACCUCGUUCAAGCCAACAUCUCGGCAUUCUCGCUCUGGUCCAAUCAGGGCUUGCAUGGCACCGGCUCGACCGAGUUCCCACGUUGGAACGUCACCAUUCGAGCUGCAAAGAGCUGCAAUCUCUUUGAGGAUCCGGGCAGCAAUAGCAACUACUCGCAAUUCGAGCUCGACCAUCGCAGACGCUUGGCUUGGCUCGUCUACGGCUACGACCACGCUUUUGCCGUCGGCGCCAACACAAAGCCUUUGAUCGUCGAAUCGCAAUUCAGUGUCGAUCAGCCCGGCGAUGCUGCUCCCUGGGCAGCAUGCGGCGCCCCACCUGACCCUUGUCUUGCCAGGCUUGAGAUGCAGGGCGGCUUGAUGGCCCAGCUCGUCUCCAGCACGUUGUGCUACGGCCCGCCACUGCACCGCAAGGCGAUGGAAACCGACAAGAAGAUCUCGGACAUGCUGGCUGAGCUCGAUCCGUCUUACCACUGGGACAACCCCGACCUGUCCUUCGACACCAAGGAUCCCUUCCGUGCGCGACGUCGAUGUUGGUUGCAACUCACGACCGCCUGGCAGAGAGGAUCGCUGCACAGACAAUUCUUCUUCCCCAAUGGACGUAUCACCAACGGCGAGUUGGCAACAAGUCGUCACAUUGCUACCGAUAGCGCCCUGCGUUCCAUCUUUGGCGUGCGCGAUCUGCGCAAGAUGCAGAACCGCUUCUCGGAUCACAUGGGCUCGGCCUGGUGGUACCAGUACUUCACCGAGCCCUGUAUGACCCUCGCCACCGGCGCACUGCUUUUGAUUCGCAGCAAGGGACAAGGGGUGCCCGGUCUGUCGGACGAGACCAACUGCUGGACGACGCUGAUGCACUUCACCCGCAUCAUCGACGAGUGCAUUCAGGAUCUCGAUGCUUCGACACGCGAUGCUGCCGCUUGCUUGCCAUCGCUGCUCACCUUCGCACAGGGAUGCCUCAAGCUGAUCAAGCAGCUGCGCAGUGCUGUACAGACCAGCUUUGACGCCUUUGUCCAAUCUCAGCCUGACUUGGUCAACUUGGCCAACCUGAAGGAUCUCGAAAUCGACCAGAACAUCAUCCCGCUCUUGCAUCCACGCUCGCGUCAGAAGAGCCCCGGAUCGGGAUCGCAAAAGCAUGCCCAUGCACAGAGCAGCGAAAGUAGCAGCAGCAGCAGCAGCAAUCACACGCCAAAGCAAGGGACGAAACGCAUUGCCGACGGUACAAAACGUGGUUCAGCGGCCAACCGCAGCCGUAAAAGCAUCGGCCACAAGGAGCAUGACGUCUCGCACGCGUUCCAGUCCAGCCAACCCGCGUUUGCAGAAUCGCUUUCCGUCUCGCCGCGGACGUCGAUCGCGUUGUCGGCCCAGCCGAGCAAUGCUACGUCCCUCUCUGGCUAUGCGUCGGCAUCCACCACAGCAUCCGGCCUGACGAGCUUCUCGCAGACGCACAACUCGGCAUCCGCAUCGCCAAGCCACACGUCGCCUCAGGGCCAACUGCCACCAGGCACGCUGAGCCUGUCCUUUGGUCCAGAGAUGGGCUUUCCCGGCCCUGCACAACCUGAUCUCCCGCAGGGCAGCGUCAAUGCUUCGGCUGUCUCAGCGCAGCAGCUGCAGCAGCCGAUCAUGGCCGCAGCUCCACCCUUUGGCGUGCCUGCUUUUGUGCCAGAAGGCCAUCUGCUGUCGCCAGCAGAACCGUUCGCCCUGCGCGACUUUUACUCGGAUGACGGCGUGCAGAGAGGCACGGGAGGCCGUGGGCUGGCCGAUUGGAUCGCGUCAGUGCAGAUGGAUGUCAUGCUGCCCAAUGGUCAGCAGUGA